ACUUGGGGGGGGGGUAAAUGGGUGGAGAAGAGGACAUGCUCCAGAGUUCAGCUGCCAAGGGAAGCUCCAGCCAAGCACUGGACAAGCCAGCCACCCUCUUCAUUUCCUCAGGUGACCUCCUGGCCUCCCCAAGGCCCCUCUGGAGCCUCUGUCAGGAUUGCCCCACUCAGGCGCCUUCAACAAACAAACCAACCUCAGAAGUUCCUUUCCCCCAUUUCUUGGAGCCACAGCAGUGCCAAGCAUUGGGGGCUGAUGGGCCCCUAAGGGGACCUUGGGCGAGUCUGUUGGUCUCUUGGCUUCGGGAGUUUCCUUGUGGUAGAAAGGAGAUUCCGUGCUGGACAUACAGCAGGCAGGAUGGUCGGCGUCUGCAACGCCCCCAACAGGUCCCCAGCUGAGAGCUCCAAUCCAGCGUGGGGCUGGGGGUGGUGGUGGUGGUGGGGUGGCCCCUCCCCAUCGCACCUUCACCUGCAGCGAGCUCUCUGGCCUCCCAGUCUCCCUAGACCAGCCUUUGCCACCCAGCCUGCAAAGGGCUCCGCUGGGGUCUCUGCAGGUGAGCUGAUGGGGGAGGUGGGCUUGAGUCAGAGGCAAGAGGGGAGAGAGAGGGAAAGAGAGGGACCACUGGCAAGAAUUCAGGGUUGCUUUGUAGUAUCAGCCGCCCAGCGCAGAAGAGCCGAUAGAUCACCACCGUGUUGCUCUACAGUUUCCGUUGUUCCUGAGCACGUGGUCUGCCUCUGCUGCAGAAUUAGGGCUGGGGUCUUUCUGCCACCAGCUGGAUGUGUGCUGAGAGUCAUCAGGCUCUUUGGGACCAUUCAGAGGAGAGCCUUGCCGGAAUUCUGGGGCCGGUGGGAACAGCUGUGCUUCCACUUCAGGCAGAAGGACAGCCCCGAAGAAAAGGAGAUGGUGCCAGAUAAGCGCCUGCUUAUCAUCUCACCCAAAACCCCAGGAAGGAAGUUGGGGGCCCCAGACGCAGCUCUACCGUGGCUUUGCGUGCCUGGCUCUGGAGCAAGGGCCGAACUGCAACGCCACGCAGUACCUGCAGCAAAUGCCCAGUGGGGACUGGUGUUGUAGCAGAUGCCCGCCAGGCCAGAAGGUCAAAACGCCCUGUGACGGGGAGUCCGACACCGUUUGUCAGCCAUGCGAGACUGAGCACUUCCAGGCCGGCUGGACCAAGGAGAAGCACUGCACGCCACACACCUACUGUGACCCGAAUGCCGGCUUCCUGCUUCACGUCCCGGGGACUGCCACGAGGGACGCCGAGUGCCGGUGCCGUAAUGGCACCCAUUGCUCCAGUCCCGAGUGCCAGGUCUGCCGGCCCAGCAAGCCGUGUGGGCCGGGCGAAGGUGUCCAGAAGGAAGCCAGCCACCUGGAGGACACCGUCUGUGUGGAGUGCCCGGAAGGCUUCUUCUCCAGUGUCGUCUCUGCUACAGCUCCCUGCCAGCCCUGGAGCAGAUGUGUAGACAGAAACCUUGUCCAGAAGGCAAAUGGAACCCGCCAUUCGGAUGUCACCUGUGAAGAGGUCCGGGCCGCCACACGUCCUCCCCCGACAUCUGCCCCCAACAGGGAAGCUGGGCGCACCCAUUUGCUCGCCCUGGUGCUGCUCCCACUUGGCGCGCUGGUGACGAUGGGGGCCGCCUUUGUUAUCCGGCAUCAGAAGUGCAAGGGUGGCCAGAAGGAGCCCCACGACCAGGGCCACCGCCCCAACGGGAGGCAGCAGCCGGCUGAGGUGGCCUUUGACGAUCAGCUGUGCCCGGCCUUACCCAUCCAAGAGACGCUGCGAGGGGAGCAGCACCUCACCCCGGAAGACAGCAAGGAGAGUGGCUUUGCGGCACAGGAGCAAGUCUGAAGCGACGAUGGGCUGCAGGGAGGGCCACCCGUCCCAGGUCUCCUGCCGCCCCCUUCCUGUCCCAUCCCAUGCCCCCCCCUUACUCGUGCAGCUACUACAACUGUUUCUAAGGCUGGAUCUUUUUCUCUCUCCAUUCCCCCCCCCCCUCUGCCAACCUGGGGAUUUCUCUUGCAAAGCUGCCAGAGAAAGAGAGAGUUGCUGUUGCUGUCUCUCUCCUGCAGUACGGCCUCGUACUGUGGUCUGACCCACAUCGAGGGGGAGCUGGGCAGCUGCUAGGGGGGAGGGAGGGCUGUUCUGAUCUGCUCCCUUCUGCCCUAGUCGUGUUGGACCUCCCCGUCAGGCAGCAGGCCUGGAGAGUGGCAAAGGAAUUGCAAGGAAGGCCCCCUUGCACGUGGGCAGGGGGAGGAAGAUUCCCCACCCCUCCACCCCACUUUCUCCCACCCUUUGGGGGCUCUCCUGGAGCAAUCUCUCUCUCUCUCUCUCUUUGCACACGGGGGGGGGCUAUCUCUUCUCCUAUCAAGCCUCCCACCACCACCACCACCACCAUUAUUGCAUGGCCCAGAGUCCUACCCAGCUUGGCCUUGAUGUACUGGCCUUUUUUCCUGCAGCCCAGAACACAUGCCAGACUGGCAGGAUCUGAGAGCCGUUAAAGUGUGCACACAGGGAGGGCUUGGCCAGGGCAAAAAGUAGGAAGCCUUCCAAGUGGGAAGGGACGUGUGUGUGUGUGUGGGGGGGGGAUGUCUCUGUCAUUCAUGCCUCAUCCCCGGCUGUGGAUGGGCCGGGAGGGAGGACGUGCGUCUCUAGGUGAGGAUGAGCCGAAGUCUGCCUUGCACUGCAGCAGGGGGCUGGCUCAUCCGUCCUGGGGCUGGUCCCCCUCUGGCUCACAGCCCUGCCAGGUUUCUGGUCACGGGGCAGUCGGGGCUCCGGGACCAUCAGGCCAGGAGGUCCGAGAGCAAGAGGGAGGGUGCCUUAGGCCAUCAAGCCAAAGGCCAGUCUAGUACGGCCCCCAACAGUGUCCAAAAUGAUGCCCUCGGAGGCCCACAAGUAGGGUAGCAGGGGGACUGAGGGGUAGGGCUCCGUAUCCCCCUCCCACGAGUGAGGCCCAGAGGAUCUCGCCCUAAACCUAACCCGUGAGAGGCCACAGGACCCAGAGCCGCCACUUCUCCAUCCUGAGCCCAAGGAAAACCAGCCCAAUGUUUUUGCCUGUGGAUCCUGCCCGUACCUCAGCAAAAGAGGAGUCCGUGUGCCUGUUGAGCCCAGGGGGCAAAGACUGGCUCUCGGGAGGAGCUUCUGGCAGGGUCUUGGAGCCUUUUUAAGAGAGGGGAGCUGAAAUUCCACGGUUCCUCUGCUGCCAAGAGGCUUCGGGUCGCAGCCUCACAGAUCUCAGUUCUUCCGGACAUGUACCGCCCGUUUUUGGACCCUUGUGUACAAUUUUUCUGUGCUGUCCAUGAAAGGUGCUACGUGUGACGGAGUGGAAUUUUCUCCACGAAAGCUUGCAAUAUGUUUGGUUUUCUAGUGGUCCGAUAAAAAGUAUCACCCUUACAUUUGUGUAAUCUUGGGGGCCAUGCAGCCUUUUCCAUGUUCUUUCUGGCAGUGCCUGGUUAUUUAUCCAUGCCUCUGUGUCUUUUGUGUUGUGUAUUAAAUAAAUUAUUUUUGUACUUUGGUGAA